ACAUUAUCAUUUUUAUAUAUGUAUAUCAGUAUAUAUUUAUGUAUAUACCAAUACAAAAAAAAAAGUAUGAUCCUUUAGUUUCACAUACAAAAGCUAAUUUAGCCAUUUCAAUUUUCUAUAGACCAACAAAUCAAUGGGGAGCCUUGGUCUUAAACCUAUAAACACUAAUGGCCAGAAAAAUAGCACGGUGGUCGUAAUAGAGCCAGAACAAGAACAAGAACAAGAACAAGAACCAGCAAGUCCAGCUACGCGAUUGUUCCAUACAAAAAACCUAAAUUGUCACAUUAUUGCUAUCUUAGGUUGCACUACAAAGAUCAACCCCGAUGUCAUCAAGAAAGGACUCGAAUCUACUCUACUCAAUCACCCUCGCUUCUCUAGUAUACCGGUGGUGGAUGAAAAGAAAGGUGUAAGAAAUUGGAAGAAAACAAAGGUAAAUGUGGAAGAACAUAUAGUAUGUCCGGAUUUGGAUCCGGACAUGGAUUCUCCAGACGAAUAUCUGGAGAAUUAUACGUCGAAUUUAACAACAAUACCUUUAGACAUGACAAAGCCACUUUGGGAAGUUCACAUAUUAAACAUCAAAACUUCUGAGGCAAAUGCUAUUGGGAUUUUGAAAUUGCACCAUUCAAUUGGUGAUGGAAUGUCAAUUGUAUCUUUGAUUUUGGCGUGUACUCGAAAAGCUUCGGAUCCAGAAGCAUUGCCUACUUUACCUUCAAGUACAAAGAAGGAGAAAAAUGAUGUUGGAUUGUUAAGGAGGUUUUGUUACUAUGUUUGGUUUUUGUGUAUGGUGUUUUGGUAUACUAUUGUGGAUGUUGUUUUGUUUUUGGCAACUAUUUUGUUUCUUAAGGAUACUGAGACACCAAUGAAAGGAGGAGUUGGCGUUGAGCAUAGUCCUAAGAGACUUGUGCACACAACUGCUAGUCUUGAUGACAUGAAAAUAGUCAAGAAUGCCUUGAACUUGACAAUUAAUGAUGUAGUGAUGGGCAUGGCACAAGCUGGUUUCUCAAGAUAUCUCAAUAGAAGAUAUGGUAACAAGAAUGGAGGAAAAGGAAGCAACAAGACAAAUAAUUUGCCUAAGAACAUUCGUCUAAGAGGAUCUAUUGUUUUUAACAUCAGACCUUCUACUGGAAUUAAAGCUCUAGCAGAGAUGAUGGAGAAAAAAUCAAAGGCAAGAUGGGGCAAUAAAAUAGGAUACGUGUUGACCCGAUUACCCAUAAGUUUACCCGAUGACCCGUUGGAUUAUAUCCGACAAGCCAAAAAUAUUAUCGAUAGAAAAAAACUCUCUCUUGAAUCGAGAUUCUCUUUUACCGCUGCUAAGUUAACCCAAGAUAUAUUCGGAUCCAAGGUGGCAUCAAAGGUGACAAGGAGAGUUCUAUCGAGCACGACGGUUUUAAUAUCAAACGUGGUUGGGCCUCAAGAAGAGAUCACAUUUUAUGGCCAUAAAUUAGCUUAUGUUGCUCCUACAACUUUUGGACUCCCAUAUGCUGUGACAAUACAUUUCCAGAGUUACUGUAACAAAAUGACAAUAUCAAUGGCAGUAGACUCACAAGUGAUUCAAGAUCCAUAUCAGUUAUGUGAUGACCUACGGGACUCACUUCGAAUGUUUAAAGAGGCUGUCACUAAACAAGACAUGGUAUAAACCUAGUCUUUGGGGACGAGAUGAAGUAGAUAAAGAUAUUUUCCGAAUUGAAAUAUUUCAUGCAAUUAUAUUUCAUUUUAUUUUUAUGAUAGAA